GAUCGGGGUCAUCAAAUUACUCGCGCGCGCGAGGCUUAUAAUGCUUGAAUGUUGACAGCUUGGACAUCACAGAACUCGAGCACGUGCGUGUAUCACAUUUUGACAACUGUGGAGGGCAAACGUGUGUGGACUUGAUUAUUUGUGUGCAAAUGGUGAUGUGCCUUUCCGUUCGUGAAGAUACUUCACAACUUGACUGUUGUCACUGCUAGGACAAUUUGCGUAAGAUAUCACGAAGAGCUACAGCCAGUUGCCAAAUUUAGCAAAGGAUACUCCAGAUCGAUUAUCAGAAAAGACUUCAACUUCUUUAUUCAGAAAAAAAAGUUGACCAUCUUUUUUAUGUUGUACAACCUGAUUUCUGGGCUUCGCUGCUGUAUCAUCGGUAGUCUAUUCCCAAACUCCGCCAGAAUGGAAGAGAGCAUCUUCGUCGGAUUUCAUAUACUUCUGUUGUUCACCAUCACUUUUCUCCUGGUGAUGACGGCAGUUCACCGGUACCGUACCAGAGCAAAGAACCUCCCGCCGGGCCCCUGGGGCUUACCCGUCGUGGGCAGCCUGCUCAGCCUCGGCGCCAACCCGCAUCUCACGUUCCUGGAGAUGACCAAGACUUACGGGAACGUGUUCCGCAUGAACUUGGCGGGGCAGCGAGUGGUGGUGGUCAACGGGUUUGAGGCAGUCCGAGAAGCCCUGGUCAAGAACGCUUCGGCCUUUGCUGGACGCCCAAAGAUGGCCUUGUUCCACAAACUUACAGAAGGGCAAGGAAUUGUGACAUCUGACUACGGGCCUGUCUGGCGGGAGCAGCGUCGCUUUACUCUCCAUACCCUGAGAAACUUCGGCUUUGGCAAGAAGAGCUUUGAGAUCAAAAUCACUGAAGAAAUCAACCACAUGCUGGCAGCCUUUAGAGAGAAGGGCAGUGAAUCUUUCAAAGCAGACCACAUCCUUGAGAUCAGUGCAUCCAAUGUGGUGAGCAGUCUCAACUUUGGACGGCGGUUUGACUACAAGGACCCGCAGUUCCAGCUCCUUGUGGACAUGAUCUAUAGAUUCUCUGAGAUAGGGACCAAUGCAGCAGCUGCUAAUUUCUUCCCAUUUCUCAUUAAGCUUCCACUGCCCAACAUCCGAGAGAUGUUCAACAUCAAUGAGAUCAUCACCCGUUUCUUAACUGGCAUCAUCGGGCAGCACAAGGAGACCUACAACCCUCAGGCUAAGCGAGAUUUCAUUGAUGCCUACCUUGGUGAAAUAGCUCGCCGCCAACAAGAGUGCCUCUCUGAUGAAAUCACAGCAUCCUUUACUGAGAAGUAUCUCUACCACAUCUUGAAUGACCUCAUCUUUGCCGGCACAGAGACAAUGUCCUCUACCCUAAGGUGGGCCAUCCUGUACAUGAUCGUCUUUCCAGACAUUCAGAAGAAGGUCCAAGCAGAACUGGACUCUGUCAUUCCCAGGGAUCAGCUCCCAAGCAUCGAAAACAGAAAGCAACUUCCAUACACAGAAGCUACACUAAUGGAAGUGCAGCGUAUGGCCAAUAUAACUGCUCUACCAUACCCACACAAAACCACAGAGGAUACAGAGCUGUGUGGCUACAGCAUUCCCAAAGACACACCUAUCUACAUCAACCUGUACUCUGUCCAUAUUGACCCCACGCAGUGGAAAGAACCAGAGAAAUUCAGGCCAGAGAGGUUCUUGGAUGAAACUGGGAAGGUCCAAAACAGGCCCGCACUGAUGCCAUUCUCAGCUGGUCGCCGAGCCUGCCCAGGUGAGAAUCUUGCCAAGAUGGAGUUGUUCCUCUUUUUCUCCUCCAUGCUCCAUGCCUUCAAGUUUGGAGCAGCCCCAGAAAACCCCCAGCCCAGCAUCGAGAAAAAUUACGGCAUCAGCCUGAACCCCAACCCCUUCAAGAUCUGCACCUCACCCCGGUGAUAGAUGACUUUCGAAGUGGUUGACAUGUAAGAUUCCAAGUACAAAUUUUGAGCAAAUAAGUUAUAUUCCUGACUGUUCUGUCAAGAGCAACAUCCAGACUGUGAUCAUGUGCAACAGGGCCCAAUGACAUUUUUUGACUCACACAGAUAAAAAAAUAUUCCAAUGCACUGUAGACCAUGAUCUCUUUUUCCCUUAAUUUUGUUUUCCAGAGAGUCACACUGGCAGACCACCUUUUUAUGUUAUUUUCCCCAUCUUUUUAAGAAAUACAGUUUAAACCCCAUUAUGAAACAGGAACUUCAAUAAAUGCCACCUGUUGUUUUCUGUGUGGUGGACUCUGAGGCCUGGAUCUGUUAUACUGUUUACAAUGUUUAUAAAGGACGCAAGAAACAUUUAAACUGCAUUUCCUAGCCAAAUGGCAUGCAUGUUGACUGUGCAUCUGUUCGAAGAAAUGUGCAGAAAAUGCAAAUUGACGGACAAUAUUUCCCACGUUCACUUGUUUAUCUGAAUUCAGUAUCAUCUUUUUACACUGUAUAUACAUGAAUCAAUCUCUUUUAUUGGAUUUAUUCUUAUCUAUUGAAAUAUUACAGCAUGUUUGUAUGCAGGUGAUAAACUUUUAAAACACUGAUUUAUUAAGGAUAUUUUAGAGAGUUGGAGGAGACUGAUUAUAAUUUAAUGAAUUAAUUUAUAAAUGUUUAUGUUUUAUAAUUUUUCCCAAUACUGAUGGCACAGUUUCAUUGGUUCAGUAGUUACAGAAGCUGGAGCUCUCCUUUAAGUCACUUUCUUUGAUAUUUAUAUAUUGUAAAUAUAAAUUAUUUUUCCAUGUGUAUUUUAACAGUGAAAAUCAUUAUCAGUUUUAAGUUAUUUUUAUCAAUACAUUAUUGAGAGUGUACAUGUUGUAUUCAGAUGUAGUUACAGAUUCUUGUUUUCAAAAUUCUAGUAGGGUGAAGGUUAAAUAUACGUCAUUUUGGAGGAGCGAAUGUGAUUUACUUUUCAAAAUUGGCUGGAUGCAAGGAGAGAAACUUACCAAUGGGAGAGAUGACGAGACCAUGCUACUACAGAUACUUUUUGUAAAUUUUUGUCAACGCCAUUUUGAACAUAGGUUAAUGCCAGUGGGAGCCCACACUUCUUUUGUAUAAGAGUGUUCGCACUGUAUAGUUAAAAAGUUUGAGUAAAAUGAAUUUAAGGAUAAAUAAAAAUGGCACUGGCAUACUUGCAGAAUUAAAUGAUUAUCACAAAGGCAAGUUUUAAAAGCUCUUGAAAUAUGCAAGCAACUUUUCUUGAAACAUACACACUGCAGCAGAGCAAGAUAAUGAUCAAGCAAAUCCUCUAAAUUGUAAAUGUAACAAUUGCUUAUCCUCAGUUUAUGACAAGUAUUCAACAAAUUAAACAUUUUUGUAGAACCCCUUAGCAGCACACUGCAUUUAAACCUCUACGAUAUUAGGACCAUGAUUCCUUCAGAGAAGAAAAAAAACACUCUUGAUGCCAAGCUGAAGACAAACACAAGGUGCCUGACAUGAGUGUUGCCGUUUUGUGUCACCCAUGCACCUGAAAUCACAUGGUCAUCCAAUGUUCCCCCAACAAACACGAUGUUAGUAAAAACACAGGUGUGCGGGAGAAAGCUCAUGACCCUUGAGCCCUGGGCUUUAAUUUAGAGUCCGCAGAUGUUGUAGAGAUUGUGAUAUACUCCUCUUGUAAUUUAGACGACUCCAGACAAAACAAGCAAGGUGAGAAGCAUCUAGGGGGCAAUCUUAAGUGCAAAUAAUGACCCAGAUGUGAACAGAGUUCUAAGCCUUGUACUCUUUAUCAGAAGUAUGCCAUCAAUGGCAUUAAGUGUAUAAUGUUAGAGUGAGACAGGCAUGAGCGUCAACAGCUCUUACAAAUUUUAAAAGUGUGCAAACAUCACCGUUUACACGGAAGUCACUGCAUUUUGCUUUAAAGGAACACUUGAGGAACUCCUUGCAUCUCUUUCAAUAUCUGAAGCUCUUAAAGGACUCGUUACAAGCCUGAGUACAAGUUGAAAGGGGUUAUAUAAGCUGCCUAUGAUGGGGUUGCACAUCUAUGUAUACUAACACCACUAGGACAGUGGAAAACCGUGUUGGGGGAAGUAUGUAAUUGUGAUACUAUGCUUAUUGUUGAGACAAAACCUUUGCCAGCCAUAUUGGCAAUGAAACACUUGUAUGAUGAAUGAACAAUUUUGAAUUCAUGGAAUUUCAUUUCAACAACAAAAGACCUCUAUACAUAUGUAACUAAUGACUCAGUUUUGGGGAGUGCUUUCAAAUAUUUGUAUUCAUACGUUACCAUUUGAUUCAGUUUUUCAAGUUCCAAAUUUGAAUUCAAUUGCGACACUGUAUAAUAGUGUGAAUGACGUUCAACGUAUAAAUUAUUUCUGUGCCUUCAAGUUGCAUUUCAGUGUAUUUCAUAUUAAACAAAGUUGGAUUUUGAUGAAAGUG